AAUUAAAUGAAAUAUUAAUAAUAUUAUAACACAUAUAUGAGUAUUGUUCUUUAAAGGAAAAGCUAGUUGUUAAAAAAUUAAAAUCAGUGCUGAACAUAAAUACUGUGAUUAAACGUAUGCCGGAAUUUAAAAUGCUUGCAAGAGAAUAAGAAAUUAAAAUAUAAAUUUUGCAUAACAUGCAUGAGGAUUCAUCAAAACGAGUUUUAUGAGAAGGAAAUUCGAUUAGAAACAUGAAACUUUUAAACGGUUAAAGAUUUUUUUAUCCAUACUUUUUGUGCUUUGUUAUUAACAUCAGUAACAGCGAAAAGAAAAAUCUCUUGUGUAUGAGUGUGUAUGGACUUUAUCUACACGGAUAUAAAGUGAGAGGUGAUCUCAUCUAAAUGUGAUUGCACUCUAUUAUUAUUAUUUGCACAGUUUUACUACUCUCUUGCUAUAUAUAAAAAAAAAAUUACUUUAAAAUUUAUGGUGUUGUAUAGAAAAGGGAAAAAGAGAAAAUAGAACAGAUUAAUCAAUCAAUAUAAGAAUAAAGGGAGCAAAGAAUUGAAUAGUUUUAAGAUAGUCAUGCAACAGACAACAAACGUCAUGACUACAGUCAUAAAUCAAGAACAAAGUGACUUGGUGACGUCAGCCACAUUGUCAACAUCAUCUGUUCAAAAGGAUUCCAUUAAAAAUGGCAAAACAGUAUUGAUUGCAAAUAAUACAACAAGUAUAAAUAAAAGCAAAAUUACAGCUAUCAUUAGUAAUAAAUCGAAUAGUAAUAAAAAUAAUAACAAUAGCACAACAACCAAUAAAAAUAGUAGUAAUACAAAUGUCACUUCGAAAACGCAAGUUUCAAAUGGUCGAAGUGAAAUUAUUGUUACAAACUUACAACAUAAAUCAGCUCCUGCACCUACGAUCUCGCAAUUAGCAUCAAAUGCAUCAUCAGAGGCAAAUAGUGGAAAAUCGUCGUCAGUCACAACAAAUGCAUCACUACCCGAUGCCAGACAAGUACUCAAAGAAGCUGUUGAUGCAGUUGUCAAUAGUUUUACAAAGCACACACAAGGCUAUGGUAGAGUGAAUGUUGUAGAGGCUCUUCAAGAAUUUUGGCAAAUGAAACAGGCUCGAGGCGCUGAUUUAAAAAAUGGUGCAUUAGUCAUUUAUGAGUCAGUACCAUCUACAAGUCAACCUUAUGUUUGCUAUGUAACGCUACCUGGUGGAAGCUGCUUUGGAAGCUUUCAGAAUUGUCCGACAAAAGCUGAAGCAAGAAGAAGUUCUGCAAAAAUUGCACUUAUGAAUUCAGUUUUCAAUGAGCAUCCAUCAAGACGAAUAAGUGAUGAGUUUAUAGAAAAAGCAGUCAAUGAAGCAAGAUCCUCAUUUAAGGGAGACGGAAACGGAGAUGAUGAAGAUGGACCAGAUACUGGUAUUGGUGCUUUUAGAUUUAUGCUUGAAUCAAACAAAGGAAGAACAAUGCUGGAGUUCCAAGAGUUAAUGACUGUCUUUCAAUUACUUCAUUGGAAUGGAUCAUUAAAAGCAAUGCGCGAAAGACAAUGUUCACGUCAAGAAGUUGUCGCACAUUAUUCUAAUCGAUCACUUGACGAUGACAUGCGUACUCAAAUGGCACUUGACUGGAUUGCACGUGAGCAAGAGAAUCCUGGAACGUUAAGUCGUGAACUGACACAGGCCGAGAGAGAAUUAGAGACUGCCCGACUUGCUGGACGUGAAUUGAGAUUUCCGAAGGAGAAAAAGGAUAUUUUAAUGCUCGCACUCACUCAAAUGGGUGGCGGUAAUUCUACAAUGAACAGUUGAACUGAGUAAUUGCUAAUCUUAUAAAUUUAAAAUAUGUGAACAUUACGAAAAUUCCACAUAAAUUCAAAUUUAAAAUUUUGCAUUUAAAAUGUAACACAAAUUAAUUUUUAAGAGAAAAAUGAAACAAAUCAUUUUAAAUUGUGUGUAAGAAUUAAGUGAAUUAAUUUUUCUGCCUUUUUUAAUUGAAAAAGUGAAUAUUAUUGGGAUUCUAACUUCAACUUGAAUCCUAUUUUUUGAAUUCAGAGAUUUAAAAAAAUUAAUUAUGAUUUUUUAAUAGUAAAUUGCUUCACAAGUUCAAAAAUUAAUAUAAAAUUAUUUUUAACUCCUUUGUUUUGAUCAAAUAAUCUCUGAUUUCAUUGACACUAAUUCAAAUAUUGCUCGACAAACAAUCAAAAAAUGUGUGGAAAGCUCAAGUUAUUGUGAUUACAUGAAAGUAGAAAUCCUAUAUUUUCAUAUUAUAUAUCGAUUAACUAAUGAUUAUCCUUAAUUUUAAUUUAAUUAAUAAACUUUUUAAAAAUGUGCUAUUUUCUUCCAAAAUCAAAUGAAAUAGUAGUAGAGUGAGUUAUAUAAAGAAUUUUAUGUCUAGCUUGGAAUUUUAAAUUUUUUUUAAAUGAAUAAGCUAGAAAUUUGAUGAUUUAUUAACAAUCUCUACAAGUUACAUAAUACGAGAUAUUAAAAAUAGAAAUACUUUCAUGUGGUGGGGGAUACAGUGUUCUUCAACAAAAUACAAAAAUUCAUUACUUUUUUUUAACUUGAUCAAAUUUAUACAAAUAGAAUUUUUUUAUCGAAUUAAGUUUUUCUAAGUGGAAAUUGAAAGAUUUCUUACAAAGAGUUGUAAAUACAAACCUCUUGUGUCUAUCGUAAACAUCUUUUUUCAUCCCUUUUUUUAUUUCAGUAAGGAUCGAUACUAAAGCUUUUUGGCCAAUGAAAAAAAUUAAAUUUUUUUUUGAAAAAUUUAUAUAUUUAGAACAAAAACAAAAAUUGUGAUUUUUUUUUGGAGAAUAAACAAAAUUUUUUUAGAAUUUAAAUUUUUUUUUAUAUUUUUAUGUUGGACGAAUGAGAGAAAAAUUAUAAUUUAAUUCUAUCUAAUCAACUAUUUAAUACUAAAUGAAAUAAAUCUAAAGUGUUGAAUAUGAAAAAUUAUUCAAUCAAUUUUGUAAAUUAAUAUGAAAAAUUUCCUUAUUUUAU